CUCGACCAUUGCCCCCCUGCAAGUCGCACACCUGGUCCGGACUUGUGGUCCUUAUACCGGUCGUCCCCAUCCGCAAAGCCCCAUCACCAUUUCUUCACCACACGUCUCUUCAACUAACCGCGCUCUCACACAUUACAUACCUACACCUCUGCUCACAUCCUCCUCACAAUCCUUCCUCCUCAAUACACACUUCGUUCGACCUCGACAUCCGUCUCACCGACUUUUACCUCAGCCUCUGUCAAGUCGUCGGUUGCGUCCAGUCCUCUGAACACGUCCGUUCUGAAUCGGCCCGAGGUCUCGCAUUGCGUCACAAGCCGAUCCCACCCAAUUCCCACCCGUUUGCGGUCUUGCAACCUCCUGCCAACCGCCAGCGCCAGCGCCGUCCUCUCUAUUUGAUCCUCCUCUAGAAUCCGUGAUUUGGCGUCUCAUCAACCUCGUUUCUCUCCUGCCCAGUCCGCGAAGUCUCCCGUUACGAUGCCACCGCGCAAAAUCCCCCAUGUCCUGUGCCUGGACAGGGGCAAGAUGCACCACAUCGAUCCUUCCAAUGCCUGCAGUUUAAUGGCAAUGUGGUCCAUGUUCUCAAAAUGCUCAGAUACCCUAGACGAAGGCCCACGGUUAGAGAACUUGAGCUGGCGGAUAUGGUCGCGAGAGUCAUUAUGUGUGACACCUAUUGACUCCUCUCCCCCGAGGGCGAGCCAAGUGCCCUCCCUCUCGAAUUCAUGGUCGUCAGACGACAGUCUGAGCGAAGGACGAUGCAGUCCUGUCCACGCCAGGACGAGGUCCAGAUCACCUCCACAAGACGACUGCGCCAGCUCUCUCUCCAAGUCUCGACACCUGAGCCCCAUUACACUAGAAAAGAUUGUCGCUUCAAUACAGGAGAAGACCGAUCUGUGUCCGCUGUCUCCCUCGCUCGAGGCCAGCCGUCCUUUCACUAAGGUGCCGACCCUGGAAAAGCAGGGCUCGGACAACCCAAAGAAUGGAACCGAAGCCCGACCUCAACCUGUGUUGAAACCCCUUCAAGAUUCCACCGACUCGUGCCUCUCCGCCACCACGACCACAACACUAAGCACAGCUCGUCAGAGUGAGCAUCGUGAUUCCGACACUUCGGUAUCCUCGGAAGGACUCAUUCCAAGCGGUUCGGUGGUCCACGGAUUUUCCCCUGUAGCAUCCUCGUGCCGUUCUCGAAAGGCCAGCUUGGGUGUCAAGCCGACCCCCGCUCUGACCAAGGCCAUUCCUCCACCCAGAGGUGCGCUAAAAUCAACAGCAAUGUUUACAUUAGGAGGCUCUUCGGAAGAUGAUGAAUCUUCAUUCGAACAGCGAGUGCUGUCUGUCAGAGCUCCUCCGCAAAGAAGUUCACUCUCUCAGAGUUUGAGCAAACAGAAUCUGUCGGAACGCAAGAGUGAUUUGCCGCCCAAAAGAACUUCUUUCCGGGAUGUCGUCGCCGAGCGGAGAAUACAGGAAGAUGCUGAAAAUGACGAGGGGGCUAUCGCAAGCAGUGACGAUGAAGACGACACCGACGAAGUUAUGGAAUCAGCCAUUGAUGAGGACGAGGAAGACGGCGAUGACUGGGAAGACUCGACUUCGGACGAUGGAAAGGUGGUUCAAGAACCUCAUCUUUUCCGCCGCGUGGACAGCCGCAGUGUGUUGCCAUCACGGCGCUCCAUGUUGACCUUGGCCUUGAACAAGGGCCAGGCUGGGCUCGCCCACGCAUAUUCCCAACCUACACUUCAUCGGUCUCGGCAAACGUCGCCUCCACAAGGACCCUCAUUCGCAAAUUCGCCCGAAGAAGAGGACGGCAUGAUGAUGCAAACGUCCAAUCGGCGACCUAUUGCCAUUCCACCCCCCAAAUCAUCCUCCAAACCUGUGGCUCAUUCGCCCAGGACGACAAGACGUAACAUGCUGUCUACGGAAUUGACCGAAUCUCUCCGAAAGAACCUCCUCUGGGAGAGACAACAGAAAUCUCAAACUGUCAAUGCUUUUCUGAAGCGGAGCAGAAACGCCCAGUCGAUGGCGAAUCUCUCAUCUGCUGCUGCUCAGGCCGGAGGUCCAGCCCAACCUCCAGCUCCCGCUCCCGUGGCGGAUUUGUCAAAGGACGAUUCCUGGACCUUUGAUAACACCUGGGAAUACCAUACCAAAGGCUGGUAGACUGGGGGCAGCGAGAGACUCAUCUCUUGAAUUUUUGAUAUUCUUGCGCUAUUUUUGUUUCCAUCUGCGUUCCGAGCGGUGAUCAUGUUGUUCAUGUGCUUUACGACCAUUUUACACCACACUUUACGAAUUGGCGAGUCCGGAAAAGGGCGAGGAUGGUGAGGCCUGGUCCCAUCCCUGUACAAAGGCGCAUUUCGGACCAUAUUCUUUUUAUGGAGGGCGGCUCAAAAGUGACCAUCGUUUUUAUUGUCAUGUUGAAUGAAUGGAGCUAGAUACAAUUGACCUCAAACCUUGCCGGCUACGGAAAAGAGGUAUCGGCUCAUCAAUGGGUAAUGCUCUGCUACUCAUCUACAUUGUACUAUACCACGAAUAUACCAGAUAGCUCGGGCUAGUUCGCUGCAUGUAGUUGGCUGAAGGAGAAGAGAAGCGAGAGAAGUUGUACCAUUAGCAGCAGAUCCAAUCAGACCCAACCCAUAUUCUUUG